AUGCCAAUCAAAUCAAAAAAUCUGAGUGAAAAAGCAGAUGAUGGAUAUAGUUUAUUGUCUUAUUUCAAAGUUUUGCCUGGAUAUUCAGACAAUCGACGAUUAAAAGCAACAUGGGAUUGGAGUUCUAUGGAAGUUGCACAAAAUCUACUUCAGCAGGCCAAAAUCCUAUAUUAUAAUGAUCUGGAUGUUGAUCUACUCGGUCAAGAAAUAAUACAAGACUAUCAAAUUAAAGAAUUUGAUUUAACUAAUCUUCAUCCUGAUACAAAGUACUUAAUAUGUUUUCGUGUUACUCGUAAAAGAUUUGUUAGUUCUUCAAUAUCAUCAUCAUCACCAUCAUUGUAUAUUCAAAGUAAUGGAACAAUAGCGACAUUAACACCAACAUUUAAAUCAUCAGUUCAUCAUCAGAACAAGACAAAUAUCGUAAAUAAUAUGUCGGAUACUUUACAAUAUCAACAAAAAAUCAAUAAUUCAAUGAUAUCUUAUAAAAAUAUCUCAUUUCUAAGUCGAUCACAUCGACAACAAUCAUCAAUUAAUAUUCCAAAAUUCAAUAAUGAAUAUGUUGCUGAAAUGAAAUGUCAAGUAACAUUCACUCGAUUUUUACAUUGGACAGCAGUUUUAUGUAGUUUAAUAGGGAUUGUUAUAGCAUUACUUCUAUCUAUUAUGAUAUUUUCUAUUUUGAAGUCACGUGCCUAUAAAAUAAAACAAUCUGAAAGAAAAAUGUAUUUCAAUCAAAAAGGUGAAAAAACGUCCAUUCGAAAACAGGAACCUUGUAAUUAUAAUAAAAUGAUAUCAUCUUCACCAUUAUCAUUAUCCACUUGUUAUAAAUCAUCAUCAUCAUCAACAUCAGAUAAGUUAGGAAAAAUGAAAGAUAAGAAUAUCAAAUUGAAUAUUCCUUCUGAAGUUAAAGAGGAUAAUGAAAUGAAUAUAUCUAAACAACAAUUAGAAGAUUGGGAGAAUACACUGAAAAAUAUUGAAACAGAUAAUACAAUAAUAAUUGAAAAAGAUAACAUGCUAAAUUCUACUAUAAAACCUGUUACUUAUGGUAAUAAUACUGACAUUACAAAUGAUAUUAAUCAUAGUAAUAACAACGAUAAUGAAUCAACUAUGAAUAAUAUAAAAAUUCAAAAGACCUCAGAAACUAUUCUUCCUAACCCAAUCAUGGAAAGUAAAAGGACUGUUUCAUUUAAAGAUGACACUACUACUACUACAAGUAGUAAAACAAAUACAACAACAAUAAUAACUACUACUAAUAACAUCGCUAAUACACCUACACUUAAUAAUAACACUGACUCUAAUAAUAAUAAUAGUAAUAAUAUAAAUGAUGGGAUUCUCCAGAAUAGUAUACUAGAAUGCAAUAAUUCAAUCCAGUUAACUUCAUUGGAUUCACAUAAUGAUGAAUUAAAUAAUAAUGAUUUUAUUAAACCUAUCAGUAUAUCAUUGACAGAAUCCAGUCUUAUUCAUUUCAGACAUCAUAUACCAGAAUAUACUCAAAUGGAUAAUAGUAAUAAUCGAUUACAGAGUAAAAAUCCCAGUUCUUAUUUCGAAAUAAAAAGUCCUUUACUUAAAGAAUUUGAACAAAAGUCAUGUACUUCUAUGUAUCCUGUUGAUAAUGAAAAUGAAAACAACAUUAAUACUACAGACGACAAUCCCAAAAUCAAUGAUAAUAGGAUGAUACAAAUUGUAACAAAUAAACUAAGCCCAAAUGAAGUAACAGUUCAAUUACCAAUAACACCAAAUAAUUCUCCCAUUAAUACUAUUGGAAAAAACUCAACUGUAUCCAUACCCGGCAUAUCAACAAGUGAUAAUGAUGGAAAACAUUUCAUUUCAAAUAAUGAAAACUGGUUUAUAACAUCAUCGGGAUCAACAUCGAAUGUAUUAGUUGAUAAAAACGAACAAAAGUCUAUUUUUUGUACACAAUUAAUUGAAACCCUGUGA